UUCAUUUCAAAUACUAGCGAGACAAUAUUAAACUAUGGAUUCAGCCCUCAUUGAGCACUGGAAUAAAGCUCGGCGGCGCGAGCAAAAUGCAAGAGCACAACGACACAGCCGUGCGCGCCGACGGGAACUAGAACAAACGAUGAAAGGGUCCAAUGUAUUCAGUCAUCGCAUCAUAGCCUCUACCGGCUGCAGGGGCAAAACAACAUGUCCGCAACCACAGUUGGGAUUUGAUAGCUUUUUGUCCUACUUUGCCCGCGUAUCCGACAUAGAAAAUGUGGCAAGAAUACUAGAUGCUGAGGGCUUGGAUAUCGGGGCCAUUGCAAAGUAUGGCCUCAUAUCCAUGGGGUACUGUAUAGAUGAUACCCUGUUCGAGAAAAGGAAAACCCUUUGUCUUGCAUGCUGGUUCUCUGAGAUCGAGCCGCGGAUAGACUCUCGUUUUGAUAUUGCCACGGUUGUCCUCGCCGGUGUUCAGGUUUUGGCUCGAUUGAAAGGCCCUGCGAGUUGGUGCUUCCAAGCCAGCAACAGUUCUGUUCCGAGGAUGCUACAGUUAAAUACACACGCAUCCGCUUUUCUUGAGAUAGCCCGACACAUCGGCCUGACAUUUGAGCAAAUUGCAGAUGAUGACGCAGUUUCACCAUUCACACUUACUCGUCUAGAUGUGCCAUGGGCAACACCAGGGAAGGCCGCUAAUUUGAAACCAGAUCUCCAGCCAGUACUUGAACAGGUAACAGUUGACCACCAUCCGUACCUGGACAUAAUUCCUUUCCCCUCAUUCCGCUCCCGUGCCCUGUCGGUAAUGGCUAGCAGUGAACGAGCUUUAGAUGAAGAUGCGUUGUGUUUUGAUUUAAUGCACGGGGGCAUGCAAUGUAACAGUUCCCAAGAUGUAUCUUUACAUGGACGUGGGAAUGGAGUCCCCUGGGAUGCUCGCAGCUGGGAGGUCACGCCAUGGUUUUUCCGGAAAUGGGGCAUGCUUGUUGGCGAUGAGAGCGAGUUUAUCUAUAAGAACAGUGCCUGGUGGUGGGCCCGUAAGUAUUUCUGAAUCUGAAACUUCUUAUCCUCCUGGAUAAAUGUCUACCCUAGCACGACAUCAUGUCCAGCGCUUGGAAUUACCUUAUCAUGUUUGCUAUUGUAUAUCUAAGUAUAAGUAUAAGAGGCCGCAUGACAGCGAUUUUAUUUGUUGAC